UACUAUCCCUGUGGCCUCUCCAAGCCUCAGUAUUCUUUCUCAUCUGUAAAAUUUGGAUAAUAAUAAUUGAGUAUUUACUGUGAAACAGACUCACAGUAAGCACUCAAUUAUGGCAAAUUUUAAAUUGCUUUCAAGUCAAGUCUACUGGGUGGCAAGGGAGGAGGUGUUACCCCAUAGGCAAGACCUGUACCAGAUCAACAACUCUGAGAAUCCACAUCUGUGCUGUGGGCCUUCUCUGUGUUUUUCCCAAUUUGUCUCUAAGUAUUGCUGUUUUGACUGUGAAUAGUUUAACCCUCUGCUGUUGUUUCUCCAGUUUAGCAAGAGCCUCCUGACCCAGCAGCCAAGACUGCCCCUGACCUGGAGCCAUGUACCCCAACCCUCUCAUCUACUGCACCUGCUGGGACCCCUGGAACUUGGGACCACGAAAGCUAAUCAAGACUCCUCGGCCACCAGGCAAGACCUCCACAGGGAAGACCAAGCUAACUCCUCUUGUACCAGCUUCAAAAAAACACAGUUACUGCCAACCAACAACAAAACCUCUUGUCCCAAAAAUGAAAAUCCAUUUUGGAAAAAAAGAAGAGAGUAUGAAAUUACCUUACGAAGUGAUAAACGUGUCACCUGGCUAUCGCCUUGUUCGGAAUAGGGAGCAGAUUUCUGUCACUUUGGGGGAUGAGAUGUUCAACAGAAAAAAGCAGUCAGAAUCAGAGAUCAUGAACAAAAAUCACUUGUCCCACAGGACUAAUAUCAUUUCUGACCUAGAAGAGCAGAUCUCAGAGCUGACAGCGAUAAUAGAGCAAAUGAACAGAGACCACCAGUCUGCCCAAAAAUUGCUCUCCAGUGAAAUGGAAAUCCGGUGUGCUGAGAUGCAGCGGAACUUUGAAACCAAGAACAGGGAGCUCAAAGAGGCUCAUGCAGCAGAGCUCAGUGAAUUGGAGCAAAACUACAAAGCAACCUUGAAGGCAGAGAGGUUGGCUGCCCAGGAGAAGCUGGAGGAGAUGGGAAAGGAAUAUAAAUAUUUGAAGAAUAUGUUUCAUAUGUAUCAGGACAGCAUUUCUGAUGAAAUGGAAGAUAAGUGGUCAGAGCAGAAGGCAGAAUGGGAAAAGGAUGAGAAGAUGGAGCGGGAAAAGAUCCUGCUACAGCAAAAGCGUAGGAUAACAAAAAAGUUGGAGUUAGAGUCAGAAGAAGAAAAGAGGAAAAUAAGUCAAUCCUACAGUGUUGUCUUUGAGAGUUUCAAUCAAGAAAAGGAGGAGUUCUUGAAACAACAUAAACUUGACACUUUGAAAUUAGAAGAGCUGGCGAAGACCAAAGAGAUCGUAGAGGGAGAGUUGCACGCACAAGCUAUUAUCCUAGAAUCACUUAACACAACCCUCUACCAAACCCAGAUGGAACUCCAGAAAGAGAAAGCUACAGUGAUGAAUCUGGAGAAAACACUCCAGACCAAGCUUGCCGAAGCCGAAGAAAAGUAUAAGUACACAAUACAGAUCCUGACACAAGAAAACAUGCAACUAAGGCAAAAAAUAAUUGCCAAGAAUGAAGAAAUUUAUGAAGGGCGAUCUGGGAGAUCGGCCUCUAUUACUAUUUAUGAAGAUUAUUCUGACAUUUUAGAAGAUGGUAGUAGCUCUUGCAACAAAAAACAAGAAUAAUAAAUAAAAAGUUGUUUUUCAUAGCUGAAGACAGCAGGAAUACCAUCUCUACAGGCCUAGAGAAGUCCUAUGAGGUUUUCUUCAGAAAUGCAUAUGAUUAGUUCUUGGGUUGCCUUGGUUCACUUCUGUCUUUUCACAACUUGCUUUCUUCUCAGUGGUUGGGAAUGUUUGAGUUCUUAUCUCUGUUGUGUGGUUUUUUCAUGACUGUAUUGUAAAAGGAUGCUCUCUAUACCUGGAGCUGAGCUUUCUUUGGGCAUCAUACUAUUUUCUCUUCUGCCU